GAUGGUUGACGUAAUGCUCCCAUGUAGCCAGUUUUCAGCAUGGUAGACAGCUUUCAACUCUGCACUGCGAGGAUUUAUCGAUAAGGGAGCCUAGCUAUAAUGUAAUGAAAGCUAAAUUAUAUCGUGUGAAUAAAUCGAUUAAUCACAAAGCUAAUGAAUGUUUUUAUAACCGAGGGUGUUUAGCCAAUUACUAUUAUUAGCUAGCUAAUCAUUCGGUUUCCCAGAGUUUUGCUACCUAGCCGCAGACUUUGUACUGUUACCUAACCUACCAGCUAAGUGAACCAAGUAAAGCUGAUACAGUCUCAGGCAGUGACAUGGCCAACCCUCUGAGGAGAGAGGUUAGACAGCUGUACAAGAAUCUACUGUUUUUGGGACGGGAAUACCCCAAAGGAGCAGACUACUUCAGGGAACGUCUGAAGAGUGCCUUUAUGAAGAACAAAGAUGUCACAGACCCUAAGGAGAUCAAGACGCUAGUCGACCGUGGGGAGUUUGUGAUAAAGGAACUGGAGGCCCUGUACUAUCUAAGGAAGUACAGAGCCAUGAAGAAGCGUUACUAUGAAGAAUAAUUGUCCGCCAUGCUGAAUAUAGGCAGACCAAUAGACUGAUAGCCUAGAUAUUUGGCAGCUGAAUCUUCAGUAUGCAAGUUUUAGUUUAGUCGUCCAUGAAGAAGAGUGUUAUUAGCAACACAAACGUCCUUAGACACAAAUGUUAGCUAUAUAUUACAGACAAAAGUGUUAUGAGCUACACUUGCCACUCUUACACACCUCGAGUUGUGGAAUCAAGUCCACCAAAUGCCUACAGUUCUCUCAUGUGUACAUAAUUGUAAAUAAUACAUGAUAGAAUGUAUUGAUAACUUGUACAAUGUAAUUUAAUUAUAUAAGUAUAAAUAUGAGACACAGCUA